AUGGAGAGCCUGGCGCAGCCCCCGCCGCCCCCGGGCUCGCUGCAGACGGGCGGCGGGGGCGCUGCCGGCCGGCUCCGCCUGGGAGAGGCGGCGGCGGGCGGCGAGGGCGGCUGCGGGGAGGCCGAGGAGGGCGGCGGGCGGCGCAGCCCUUCCCCUCCGCCAGCCCCCGCUCCCGCCGCGGCCGCUCGCACCGCGUCCCCCGCCCGGGCCGCGGAGGGCGGCGCGGGGCUGGCGGUGCCCGCGAGCCCCGGGACGGCGCCCGGCUCGGAGAGCGGUCCCGCGGGAGCCGGCUCCGGGAGCAGCGGCGCUCCCAGCCCGCCGGGGGAGGAGUCCCGCAGCUUGGACUCGCUGGAGUCCUUCUCCAACCUGCACUCCUGCUGCCCGAGCAGCUCCGAGCUCAACAGCGACGCCGACGAGGCGGUGGUGGCCGGGGCCUCCUCGGGGGCCCCGGCGGCGGAGCCCGAAGAGGACAGGCCGGCGGCGGGCUCGCAGCUCCUGUCCGCCUCCAAGGAGCGCUUCCCGGGGCAGUCGGUCUAUCACAUCAAGUGGGUGCGCUGGAAGGAGGAGAACACUCCCGUCAUCACCCAGAACGAGAACGGCCCCUGCCCGUUGCUGGCCAUCAUGAACGUGCUGCUCCUGGCCUGGAAGAUUAAGUUGCCACCAAUGAUGGAAAUCAUUACGGCUGAACAGCUGAUGGAAUAUUUGGGAGACUAUAUUCUUGAUGCAAAACCUAAAGAGAUAUCUGAAAUUCAGAGACUUAACUAUGAGCAGAACAUGAGUGAUGCCAUGGCAAUUCUCCAUAAGCUGCAGACGGGUCUGGAUGUCAAUGUCAAGUUUACGGGUGUUCGAGUGUUUGAAUACACACCUGAGUGCAUAGUGUUUGAUCUUCUUGAUAUCCCCUUGUACCAUGGAUGGUUGGUGGAUCCUCAGGUUGCUGACAUAGUAAAAGCAGUUGGUAACUGCAGUUACAAUCAGCUGGUGGAGAAGAUCAUUUCUUGUAAACAGUCAGACAACAGUGAACUGGUUAGUGAAGGGUUUGUUGCUGAGCAGUUUCUAAAUAACACAGCUACACAAUUGACAUACCAUGGACUGUGUGAGUUGACUUCAGCUGUCCAGGAGGGAGAGCUUUGUGUGUUCUUCAGGAACAACCAUUUUAGCACCAUGACCAAAUACAAGGGUCAGCUUUACCUGCUGGUGACAGACCAGGGCUUUCUUACAGAAGAGAAGGUUGUCUGGGAAAGCUUGCACAAUGUGGAUGGGGACGGGAAUUUCUGUGACUCUGAAUUCCACCUACGGCCUCCAUCAGACCCUGAGACUGUCUACAGAGGGCAGCAGGAUCAAAUAGAUCAGGAUUAUCUGAUGGCAUUGUCUCUACAACAAGAGCAGCAAAGUCAAGAGAUUAACUGGGAACAAAUCCCAGAAGGAAUCAGUGACCUCGAGCUAGCCAAGAAGCUCCAGGAAGAGGAGGACAGGAGAGCUUCUCAGUACUAUCAGGAACAAGAACAAGCAGCUGCUCAGGUCCAGCAGGUGCAAGGUGCUGCUUCUCCAGCCAGCGCGAGACAAUCCGGGAGUAACGAACGCAAACGGAAAGAGCCUCGGGAGAAGGAGAAGGAAAAGGAGAAGAAUAGCUGUGUUCUCCUGUAACAGAACAUGGAUUCAGUCUGGAGCCAAGUGCAUGUCCUCAGAAGCAAAAACAAGGAGUACAAAGGAAGACAAACCUGUUACACGCCGCCUGUGCCUGAUUACCCCAUGGAUUUCGUUCCUGUUCCAAGAGGAUGGAUGACUUUGUUACAAUCACACAGACUUCCUUCAAAGUCAGAGUGCGAGCUGCCCACGAGGGAAUUCCAAAUCACAGUUGGACGCAGCUGUGCUUUGAGUUAGUCAUACAAAUACUGCACCUUGUAGCUGAACACACCAAUCAUGGCAAGUCCUGUGUCCCAGUGACAUCCAUUCCUGUCCAUCAGUCAGUAAGCUAUCUUCUCUUCUACACCAAACAAGGGAGGUCAUUCAUUUUGGGCAGGGCUUUUCCCUGAAGUCUGUACAUGAGCACAACAGAAUUCUGUGUUAUUUUCCUGGUAUGAGGCUGUACCUUAGCUGGGUACAGCCUUCAUGACACAAGAGCCCAAGUAACAGCUGGGCACUGCCUCCUCGGUGUGUCCAGGUUUCUUUGCUUCUGGAUCUGGUAUGUUCUUCUUCUGAACCCAGAUUUAUACUGUGUUACUGCUCUCACUGCAUCUCCUGGCCAGCUUUCUCGCCCCAAGAGUAUGUGACUUGAUAGGCAUCAUACAAAAAUUGUCAUAUAAAAAUGGGGCAUUUAUUAAUAAGCAAGAUGAAUAUUGUUUGCUUUUCUUGCAAUUACAAACUGGGUAUGGCAACUCAGAUGUUAUCAGGGUUAAACAAGUAAUUUUAUAGGUAACUUCUUUUUCUUUUAUAAUUUUUUUCUCUGUAGGUAAACUGGACCAGAUAAGCUUUUAUUUAUUGACCUCUCCAUAUGAUAGAUGAAUGAUGAGAGGAAACUAAGGUCUAUAAUAAUCCUUAUAUUCUAUAUAAGAAUGCAGAGUUAAAAUAACUAACUAUCUGCCUUUUUUCCAGAAGUACCUUGAACUUUAACAUGACGUUAAGGUGUCCACUUGUGUAUUUCAGCAAGUGCACUGUAGUUAAAAACACACUUUUUUUGUUUGUUUUAUAAAUCAUGUAUUCUUAAAAUAAGCACACUUCUGAAGGGUGAGAGAGGAGUGAAGCUGCUCUCUAAGAUGGGUUGGAAGGUGGUCAGGUGUAGUAUUUUGGUUUUUAAAUCACUAAUUUAGAAUUUUUGGAAACCAGAUUUUUCUAAUUUAUGGGGAACCAAAUAAACAUGUUGUGUCUUGUAGUAUUUAUAGAAUGCAGAAACCGAACACUUGAUGAAUUUUGAGGGAACCACAAACCUUCCUCCACUUCCAUGAAAUCAGUAACAAUUACCUUCUUGGUGAACCUUUUGAUAAAAAUUUCUAUUUAGCAAUAUGUAGAUACUUUUGAAAAAGGCUGCUUCUCCUGGGCCAGUUGUGUUCAUGCUCUCAGCCUUAGCACUCAUACACAGGAACCUGGGAAAGCCAAGGCAGCCAGGUGGAAUGGGACAUUCCUGGUUUCAGGAGUCUGGAGAGUGUCCCUUGGAAGAGGGUGUCUAAUGCAGGUCCACCAGUAAAAAGCUGUUUUAAAAUGAUUUCCAGCAGACUUGCUCUGUGAUGGCAACCAGUCAUCACACAAAUCUUUUAUCCACCCAGAAGGAAAAUUAGAUAAAGGAAGAAUGUCUUAUUAACUAAAGGGCCAAUUUUUAUCACUU